AUGAUUAAAGCUUUAUAUGCUGCUGAAUUUGAUUUAGUCAAAGGUAACACAUUCAUUCUUAUCUAAUAGGAUGUGUAAUAACUGCAUCUUAUCCAUAAACAGGCGAUUCAGGAUUUCAUGAAUUAGCAUCAUACAUGAUACCUGAUGGAGUUCAUAAAAUAAAAUAAGAUAAAUUCUUUUUUAGAAUUGGAAAUAUUAGAUUCAUUCCUGGAUAAGUAUAGACAUAUCAUUUUGAUUAUUAAUGGAAACCAUUAUUGUAGAGUACAAAUCAAACAUUAAGUUAUUCGGAUGAAAAUGUAAUUAAAAUUAGAGGAGAAAAAGAAUCUGAAUGGUUAGAUAUUAAUUUAUUUAAUGUUUAAAUCUAAGUGAUUUCACAUGAUUUUGUAUCAAUUACUUUGAAUCCUGAUUUAAUAUAUGGAAUCAAAGGAAAAUUUACAUAAAAUUAUUAUCUAGCAUGUUUAAGAAAUAAAAAGGAUUCUACAAUUAAAAGAGGAUCUUUGAUUAGAUCAAUUGCUGUUUGUUCAUCAGAUUUACUUUUUUUAGGUAUAUGUGAUUAGAAAAUUGAAAAAUGUUUAGAAGAAUAUUUUGAAUAAGUUGGUCUUGAUCAUUGGAUAAAUGAUGCUGAUAGUAAUCCAUAAAUUAUUGAAAAAAUAUUAGAAAAUGGAUUUAAUGAAUUAUCAAGUGAUUUAGCAUAUUAUAAGUUUUCUCAUUCUCUUUUAGAUUACUCUUCCAAAGAAUUAGGCAAUUUAUAUCCUAAAAGAGCAGAUGGAUUAACAAUCAAUGCCUCAUUACUAAAUCUAUUUGAAAAGUUCAAUAUGAAAGUUCGAAUACUUUAUAGGGCUCUUUUAUAAUAAAAGAGAAUCAUAUUCCUUUGUCAUGAAUGCAGCAAUUAAGAAAAAUAUAUUGGAGAUAAUAUGGUAAAAAGUGACUUUAUAUCAAAAGUACUUUAAUGUUUGUAACCUUGUUUUAAGCUUAUGUUUCCUUGUUUCACCUUUAAAUAUUAUUUAGAAUAUUCAAGGUUACAAAUCUUUACUUGAUAAAGGAUGGGAAUAAUAAAAUUGUUGGAUAUCUAUUGUUUCUAAUCCAAUUUUUGAAUAUCGUAGAGAAUGGUGGGAUAUCUUAUGUGAUGUAAAUGCUGGAAAAAUAAUAGAAUCUAAAACAGAAUAAUCAUUAUUUAUUAACAAUGAAAAUGAUAUUGAUUUCUUUUAAAAUUUAAUCAAUCUCAUUUAAGUAUCUCAUAUUAAUGAAUUAUAAGUUAGAUCCAUACUCUAAAAGUAUACAUCUUCAAUUAUUGGAAAUUUAGUAUAAUAAUUAUAUUAAUAUUAUGUAGCCUCAAACUUUAUAAUUCAAAGGGUAUAGAAGAAUGAAAAUUAAGGAAUUAUUUACUGAAUAACAAUAUGCAUAAUUACUAAAUAUUUUGGCAAUGAUGAAAUUAUAAAAAAGUAUGGAAGACUUAUAGUUAUUAUAAAUGUAUGAGACACUUUUAGAUUGCUUAAAGACAGAACAUUAAUUUAAAGAGUUUUUUAAAGUAUAAAAAUAUAUAUAUAUAUAAUUUCAAAGUUAUUUACAGAAUCCAAUUAUGAUUUGAAUACAUUAGGAAUAGGAACUAUGUGUUAGGAUAUUUUAGUUUAAGAAAAAUGUAGAGAAUUCUUAAAAUUAUUGGAAAAAUGGGAUAAAUAAUUGAUGAAGAAAAUUAACUUAUUUUUUGUAAUUUGA